CUAUGAGCAAUUGGGUCGUUAUUAUUCAACCCAGGCCAGCAAAUUGGGCCAAAACGGGAAACAUGGCUCUUUUUCUCAGGCCUCUCCUCUUUCGUUGCGAAGAAGAAAAAGUGAAAAGCGCCAUCUCUCUCCCCCCAUAUUUUUUUUUUGUUUUUCAUUUCUGGGAGAGAAGAAAACAGCAUGACAUCAUUAGAUUCUCAGAUGAAUGCACAGAUUGAUCUGAAUUGAAAUCAAGGAAGGAGGGAGGGAGGGCCUGUGAUGGUUGUUAAUCGCCCGCUGCAUCUUCACGACUUCCUUGUUCGAGCUCGGGUGCUCAAGUUAUACCGAUAUGCUCUCAGGAUUGCGAGAAGAGCUCCCCCUCAUUCUAGAGUUAUGUUCACAGCUGAGCUGAGUGCAGUGAUAAGGCAGGAGAUGGAGAACAACAGGGAAUGCGAUGACAGGCAGAGGAUACGUUUCUUGAUUAGCCAAGGCUUUGAGAGAGCGAAGCGUUUGGAUGAGAUGCUCCAUAUGCAAGGAGCAAAACGUCCUUAAUUAACAUCACCGCCCAAGCGAAAAGGUGUGAUCUCGUCCACCCACUUCUUAAUUAUCUGUAUAAGAGUAAUACUUUAUUUAUUUUGUUAUACUCCGUGUGAUCUAUUGCGAUCUCAUCCUCCUGCUCUCGUUGAAAUACUUUUUGCAUCUUACGAAAUGCUAGUUUGUUGUACCAAUUGCAUUUUUUUCUGCUUCACUAUAAUGCUCUCCGAAAAACACUUGUUCAUGACUCAAAUGAUGAUACGAAAGGCCCUUAGACCUUAGUAU